AGUUAUAGGAUUUCUGGUUUCUCAGUACCAACUGCCUCUCACUGAAGCCAGUGAAAGCAGCAUUUUACUCAGGACCAGGGUGGGAGAGGGAGCGGGACACACCACCAGAAGAGAGCUACUGGUCAGCUGAGAGAUCGGUGCAGAAAGAGAAAAUUCCCAAGGCAGUAUCUGUACCAGAGGCCGGAAGUGAGCACGGAGAGUAGGGCAAUGCACCCACGGGGUGGCUGAGACGCUGGAUGCGACUGUCUUUCACAGCGUUCCUCCAGACCCAGGCUGCUGCAGGCUGUGAUGUCUUCAGUGGCUCAGCUGUCCCGUGGAGCCUGUGGCACAAUAAAUCAGUAGCUGUUUCUCACUUGCUCUGAUAAUACUGCAGGCGGGGCAGCUGAACAGAGAGACUGCUGGGCUGGCAUGCGAGAGGCUUCAGCGGAGUCUACCUUCAUCAGGAUGUUUCUUCCUUCUUUUGCUCCUUUCUGAAAUGGAGGUACUGAUAACUGCUGAGUGAGAUGCCCUGAGACCUGCUGCUGAAAGGCACUAUGUGAGAUUCUGCUUCUGAAACCACCAGGGGAGAAAAUAUUCUUGGGACACCAAAUGGUCCUCAAGUGUUUUUCCAAAGUUCUGCCUCCCCACAUCCAUCUUUCUUCCAGCUGCAGUGGAGCACCUCCCACCUUCUCACACCAGGAAGGGGACGACCCAGCCUCAGCUCCAGGAGAUGAUCCCCCCAAAGGAGAUUCCCCUCUUCAGAAAAAAUCCCCGAAACUCUGUGGCUCCAACUACCCCCUGAGCAUUGCCUUCAUUGUGGUGAACGAGUUCUGCGAGCGCUUCUCCUACUAUGGCAUGCGAGCUGUCCUGACACUGUAUUUCUUAAGCUUCUUCCACUGGGAUGAAAAUCUCUCCACUGCUGUGUACCAUGCCUUUUCCGCGUUGUGUUAUUUCACACCUGUCAUCGGAGCCAUCAUGGCAGACUCAUGGCUGGGGAAAUAUAAGACGAUCAUCUACCUCUCCAUUGUGUAUGUUGUUGGCCAUCUGAUAAAAUCAGUCGGUGCCAUUCCAUCCCUGGGCAACCAGGCAGUUCAUGUGGUCCUGUCUAUGGUUGGUCUGUUUUUGAUCGCCCUUGGAACGGGAGGUAUCAAGCCCUGUGUCUCUGCAUUUGGUGGGGACCAGUUUGAAGAGGAACAUGCCUCGGAGAGAAGCAAGUUUUUUUCCAUCUUCUAUUUAUCCAUUAAUGCUGGAAGUUUGAUCUCCACGUUUGUAACUCCUGUAUUAAGAGGGGAUGUGAAAUGUUUUGGAGAGGAUUGCUAUGCCCUGGCUUUUGGUGUCCCAGCAGCACUGAUGGUGUUGGCUCUUGUUGUGUUCAUUGCUGGAAGUGGACUGUACAGAAAAACACCACCACAAGGAAACGUCUUGCUGGAAGUGUGCAAAUGCAUCAGUUUUGCUAUUAAAAACCGGCUGAAAAACCGCUCCCGUGAGAUUCCAAAGAGAGAUCACUGGCUGGACUGGGCAUCAGAAAAAUACUCGAAACAGCUGAUUGGGGAGGUUAAAAUGGUGACUCGUGUUCUCUUCCUCUUCAUACCGCUGCCAAUGUUCUGGGCCCUGUUUGAUCAGCAGGGAUCCAGGUGGACUUUGCAAGCCACAAAAAUGAAUGCUGAUUUUGGAAUAUAUGUCCUUCAGCCUGACCAAAUGCAGUUCUUAAAUCCACUUCUUAUUCUUGUCUUCAUCCCAAUUUUUGACCUUGGGCUCUACCCCCUGAUAAACAUGUGCAAAUUGAAUUUCACACCUAUUAGGAAAAUGGCAACAGGUAUGAUCCUUGCAGGGCUGGCGUUUGGACUUGCAGCUGUUAUAGAAGUCAAAAUAAAUGAAACCGAUAUGCCUCGACUUGUCCCAAAAGAAAGUUUAAUUCGGGUCCUGAAUUUGGCAGAGAACCCUGUCCAAGUGACAAUCCAAGACAAGGACCUAUUUCAGCAGCCUGUGGAGUCUUUUCAGAACCCAGCUGAGUACUCAAAAUUAAUAUUGAAUGGAGAGCAACAGAGCCUUCACUUCACCCUGCAACAUCAAGGAUUGACUCUUGCUUUUAACUACACUGUGAAGGAAAAAUCAGUAUACAGCUUAAUUGUUUUUGAGGCAGAAGGAAGCCUAUCAAGCCGCUUAAUUACAGACUUGGAAGCAAAGCCAGAAAAUGGUUUGGCAGCUGUUAGAUUCAUUAAUGGUUUGAGCCAAGAUGUCAACCUCACUAUUGAUAGCAAAAGGUUCAUUGCUGUUCAGAAAAACUACAGUGCUUCUGAGUACUCGCUGCUGGAGAGGGACAUAUAUAAUAAUGGAAAAUGCAUAACUGAAACAGGAGAGUUCCCCCUGGAGCUGGGGCUGCUUGACUUCGGUGCCUCAUACACUGUUGUGAUAACUAAUAUUUCUGGAGGUGCUGUUGAGACGUGGAAGUCAGAAGACAUCAAAGCCAACAAUGUCCAUAUGGCCUGGCAGUUACCACAAUAUUUAUUGAUAUCUGCUGGGGAGGUGAUGUUCUCCAUUACGGGUCUGGCCUUCUCCUAUUCUCAGUCUCCAGCCAGCAUGAAGUCGGUGCUGCAGGCAGGCUGGCUGCUCACGGUGGCUGUGGGGAAUACCUUUGUGCUCAUUGUUGCCGAGGCUGCACCAAUGGCACAGUGGGCUGAAUUUGUCUUGUUCACUGUUCUCCUCUUUGCUGUGUGCAUUAUUUUCUCCAUCAUGGGAUAUUUCUAUGUCAGUGUGGAUCCAGAGGACCUAGAAGAAAAAGAAGAGAAGAGAGAGACCUCAAGCAGAGGAAACAUGAUUGGUCUUGUUACUCAGAAAACAAAGCUCUAACACAUCACGGGUUGGGAUUUUUUUUUUUUUUUUGUACUCAGUUAUGAGAUGGUAAAAGAAGGGUGGGGACAGUGUUAUUUUAUUUUAGACCACUGCAGUCUUUAUUUCUCAAAAUGUAGCCACCUUACAAAUGGGACCAAAUAGCCCUCUAUAAAACAAUGGGGCUCCUGAAAUCAGAGCAAAACUCCCUGGAAAAGCUCCUCAGGUAUUAAAAGCCCUUGUUAGUAAUUACAGUGUAAUUUAAAACCUGCCCAUCUUUUUAAGCAUGGAAUGCUUUCCUCUGAUUUUGCCUUAAACAUAUAUUUAGGGCAGCAGGGAGGAAGGGUGGAAGGAAUGCCAUAUGACACAAAAAUCUGGAGAUGUUAGAAGAGAAGAAAGAGGAAGAACUAGUAUAGGAUUUAGUGAAGAAUAGACAUUAGUGACAGAAGAAUUUUUAAUGCUAUCAUCAAGGACUGUAAGGGUUACACACAGUCCCAAAGGAUUUCAUCAUGUAACUCUCCUUAUGAGUACUUCAUCCCAUUAUUCCAUGUUAUGAAUGGUUCUGAUUUAUGAUUUUUACCUUCAGGCUCAGAAGUAAUAACAGGGAAUUAAAUUCUGCAGGCUAAAAUAUUCCCAAAACACUACUGACGAAGACAGGCAUGCUACCACCUCUCCAAUACCCAUUUUUUUCCCUAGAAGUUUUUAGCAACUGAUGGUGUUCUUUGAUUAGACAUGAUUAGAGAAUUGGUUUAUGCUUUCUUAUUUCAGAAUUCCAGACAGUUAUUUGCCAUCUUCCUAUACAUUAAGCCUUUAUUGGGCAUUUCCUUUUACAGCACCUGUCACUGCAAGUUAGGAUAUGGCUGAUUUCUUAUCUCAUGCCUCAGUUAUUCCCCACUGGGAGACAAGUUGCAGCAGUUUCUAUAAAAUUCCAGGCAUCCUGCAGUGAGUUAUUUACAAGGAUGCACUUUAUCAUUUUUUCAGUCUACAAGAAGAGGCCAUGGCAUAUGACAUUUUUCUUUUUCCUCCUUGUUUUUCUGUCUCUACCAAACUUUGGAUAUAGCAAUUUUACUGGAAUUGUGAUAUAAUUGUCUGAUUUUCCUCAAUUGCAUGAAGCUGUGAUUUCGUGUUCUGCAUAGGAGUAAUUCAACCACUGCUGAUCUAGUAAAACUCCUGAGAGAGUCCCUGCCUUCCUCUGUCACUUCAAGGCCACAGUUGUAACAGGUAUGACCUAAUUUAAAACAAGGUUGUCAAUAAGAUCUUCAGGUUCACAGAGAAUAGGUUUUAAAUUAUGCUUUCCUUUUCCAUCUUGGCAUUGGCCAUAGGUGGUCGCUGAUACUUGGGUUCAGGAGAUCACAAAAUACAUGUUUGAUUUAAUUCCUCUUCAGGACAGUACUAGGAAAUACACUUAGUUUGACACUUCAGCUCUUUUGAUGUGCUGCCCACUUGAGCAACACUGAGAAAACACAGCUUUUUGGUUUCUAACUCACAGAUUGCUCCCUCUGCUUCAUGUCCUAAAUGGUCAUGGACUUCCACCACUAGUUCUGCAUAAGCUCCUGCCUGCUAUGAAGUAGCAUCUGGGCUUGUGCCAGAGGGGGACCAUGGUCUCAUCAGAUAAAUGAGAACAGGCUGCAGAUGUGCACGCAGGAGCACUUCAGGUGGUUUAGUACAUGCAGAGACAUUUAUUAAACUGUGGUGGCUGGAUCCGCGCAGCUCAACCCUACAACUCCAUGGGGAAUGAAAGGCAUUGAAAGCCACCUAUUAGGUCAUCCAACCUGCUUCUGAGAAGCCAAGUGAGGAUUAUUCCCCUCUGUUCUUUCUGGUAUUGUUCUCCUGCUGUGAUUCUUUGUGUGGGUUCUUUCUCCUCCAAGCAUUGUUGUUUUCCUAAUCCCAUUUUAUGACACACUGUGAAUCGGCUCAGAGGCUGCUGAAUCAUUCUGCUGCGAUGCUGUUUGACCAGCUUCCAACUUGAAGCACUAAUAGAAAGCAUUUCUUCCUCCACCCACUGCAAACAAAACAAAAAUCCCCAAACUGAAGGAAUGGCCAGGCUCCAGUAACCCUGAACAAACACAAUUUAGAAUUAUUAGAGCAUUUAAUUUUCAUAAGCCUUGAAUUUGGAAGUAUGUUGGGGUUUGAGGGCAUAUGUGGUGAAGAGACAAUUCAAAAUUAUUGAAGCACUUUCCUUGGGAAGCGCUUGGUAAGCAGUUCAAAGUUGCAUGAGGGAAAGCAAGAUAUCCAGAUCUCUAAGACUACAUAUGCUUAAGAACCUCUUGAUUUUUUUUUUUUUUUUUUUUUGUUUUAUUUCCUUAUUGGCGACACUACCAGAAGCUGUCACAGAUUCUGAGCUUAAUUUAAAGAAAUCCUUCCAAACUCAUAAAAGAUACAUUUAGGAUGUCAUCUGUAUCUGCUUUUUAGACUCCUGAUGCCAAAUUGCCCCUUUCCAAACAUCUCCAUGUUCCAAACCAUCACCAUAAUGCUGGGGGAAGGAAAAAUUGCAAUUCACAGUUGGGAAGGUUAUGAACAGGAAGGCAAUGCUAUAAAUAAAGUGCUAACAUGAGGCUGGGGUCUGCUUCUCCCAAGACUUGCUCGAGGGACUGUAAGGCUCUGUUCACAUUCCUCUUAGAGAUGAACUGGUUACUUCUUCCCACCUACUCACCAUUACCUAUUGGAAGCUUUUUCCUUCUCUGAUCUGCCUGCUUGGUUGCUGGUAUGAUCCUUUCCCACUGCUUCAGCUGCAGUUGUAGUUUUGCUAAAUUGGACCCAUUUAUUUGGAAUGCACCAGCAGUUUGGAGGGAUUUCCACUGGCAUGCUCACAACCAGCCAGGAGCAGGCUAGGGGCUGUAACAAUGAGCUGCCCCUUCUGUAGCUGGAGAAGGUGGAAAAAUAGCACAUUCUGCAUAGCACUCCUCCAGUUUUAGAGCCACAACUCCAUCCUUGGAGGCCUUGCAUCACUUUCAAAUGUACUCAAGACUGGAUCAAAGGUUUGGGACUCGAUUCCAUGGAGUAGUGAGGUCUCAGGGUUUUUCUUCCAUAUGGUCAGCUCAGAGAUGGGGCCAUGUUCAGCUCUUAAUACCCAAUUUUAGAAGAAUAUUCUUUAUUCCUCACAACUCUUUGCUUUAGGAUCACAGGGAGGAUCCAAAGUAGUGAUAGUAUAUGUAAAGCUGUAUGAACCUCUAUAGAGAAAUAGCAGCCUGCUGCCUGUCCAACUUCACCUGUCACUGAAGAUUCUCAGCUGUUGGUGAAGCUUUACCUGGCACAGAUGAGGAAAAGCUCACACCAGCUGACCUAGAGAAAUCAUCCUCUCCAGCUGAGGGACAGGGAAGAAGAGAUGGUGGGGAACUGUAGAUGUGUUGCUCCAAGAGCAAACCCUCUUAGAGAUUGUAGGGGUUUGGCUUUGCUCUGCCAGUAUGUGUGUUUAUCUGGUUUUAUGAAGGGUGUUUUCUGAGAAAGAUCUUUUUUUGCAGAAAAUUUCCCUUCAUUUGCACUGGCUCUUGCCAGUUUUCCCCUUAGCAGGUUGUAACCGUGACGAGUGUUAUUUCCAGUUUUGCAUGAGAUAAGCAUAAAAAUGAGAUUUCAAACUCAGCAAAAAUAACAUCUUGGCUGUCGGUUCCUUAAAUUUACCUCCUCUUUCUGAGGCAGACAAAUGCCUUUAGGUAGCAGGUUUGUUUGUGCAGCUCAAGAGGCUUUCAUCUUCCUUUUCUUCACUCUUCCUUUCACCACAAUCCCAGAAUUCCAGAGGAUGAGCCCUGGGAGGGCUGCAUGGGACUGGCUUGGAUGCAGCUGGUGUGUGCUGUCAGCACUGACUGGGAAGCAGGAGCUUGGCCAGGUCAGGAGCUAGUUUCUCUCUGGAUACCCAAACAGGGCCUGGCAAAGUAGACUGAGGCAGGGCUGGCCCUGGUGGAAGUUGUGGUUUCGUGAACAGUGACCUGGAUGUGAGUUUUAUUGUGAAAGGAAAAGUUUUCACUUUGCUUGGCUGAGGUGUGAGGCAAGGAGACUGCAGACUGAUGGGCAGGAAGGAAAGCAAGCUGUUUGGUUAAGGUCUUCCCAAUUCCUCAAUGAACAGCUGAGGUUACAUUGAAUAUUUGCAGAGAAUAUGAAAUGAGAGAAGAGGAAAACGCAGGUGAUUAAACAGUGAAUGACUUCAGGUCUUUCAGAAGAACACUCUCCUAGCUGGUGGUGAAGGGCCAUCAGGGGAGAUGGUCACCCAUGGCUUGAAAAUGGGUUUGGCAUUCCAGAGUACUGCAAAAACCAGCAUGAAGACCAGCAUUGGUGGGUCUGCAGUGACCAGAAGAGGAGGUGGCUGUGCCCCUGGCAAUGUCCCCACCACCUAUGGGAGCCACCACCUUGGCUUCACCCUUGGGACAGAACAAACAGCUGAAUGGGUAUUACAGAUGUGAUUAGCACAGGAGGGAGAGCUACAAUUAGGGGUGGUUAACAAGUUUUAGCCAGGGUGAUAUGCAGAAGAAUAAUCUCCUUUUUCCCCGCAUUGAAUUUCUUUGCUGAGCUACAAGAACCACUUUCUAGCACAAGCUGCUUAAACUUGGGAGUUCAGCUCCAUGGCAAAUACCACAGCUGCUGAAUUUUGGAUGGUACCAGACUCUGCAUUUCAUUAUCACUACAUUUGUUAUUGUGAUACAAUUUUGAAACAGCAUUUAAGAGAUAAGUCUGGUCCCAGAUGCUGACAGAUCUGGCCAGGGUUUUGCAUGUUGAUAGCUGGAUUCACUAGCUGUUGGUAGCUAGUGUUUCACGUUAAUGUGUGUGAUAAACCUCUCAUGUAAAAGUAGAUGUGGGGCCUUUAUAAUUCUGCAGCAAUUUAGAAAAAAAGCCCCAAAGUUCCACAUGAAGCUGGCUAAAUUUGAACUGUGGCGUUGCUUCCUUGAGGGAGCUUCCCACGUUCUUUGUAAAGCAGGGACUCUCAUUCAUGUCCUGCAAAGUGCUCCCCAGAGGGACAAAAAUGGGGGACACAAACAUUUUGCCUUGAGAAGGGCUUGUGUUGCCUAAUGGAAAUUGCUUGAAAGAAAAUAUUGCUUAAAAUCCCUCCUUCCUCACCAUCUCAGGUGGAUAUCAAGGAAGGAAGCUGUUUCUUAUUGAGCUUUGAAUCAAGGAGUUGCUGCGUCUUCUCAACGUCUUCUCAUGCUGUGUUUUGCCAGCAGAUCAGCAUUAACCUGGCUCUAGCACCUGUAGAUCAGAAGAUUGUCAGGAAGAAGAGCAGCCACACUGCAGGCUCCCACAGUCAGCUGAUCAACUCUGAUCUCUUCAUUUUUAAUGAAUAGUUGUAGCAGUUAUCCUUGCAGGGCUCAGUCAGUCAGAAUUGCUCUAAAUUUAGGCCAUAACUAAGGACCUGAGAGAACUGUAAUCAACAAGAUAAAUAGCUAAUGCCUCAAAAACCUGCUAAAACACUGACUUAGUGCUUAAUUAAAAUUUUAAUAUGCUUACAGAAAGUAAAAACCUAAACCUGAAUUUAGCAAUUCAGUCAGAGCAAUGAGGAGCUGUAGCUGGAAUCCACCAAUGUGACAACUGGCAGCCAAGAUGACGAUACACAAAUCAAGCAAACAACCCUUUUUAGAUUAUUUUUUGUCAUUGCAUAUGUUGCUCAGUCCGCUUGGCCUGUCCUGUUCGAUCUACUUGUGUGUAAGGAAAAGAAGCUGAAUUGACUUGUUGAAGACAUGUACCCUCUCCAAGCUGCAGCUUGGUUCUCCUCUUGUUGCAGACUCCCAAGUUAGCUCCAAAUGACUCCCUUUGCUAGCAGUCAGCCCCCUCAGUCCCACAUGGUAAUCUUCCCUCUCCACAAGUCACUUCUCACUGAUGACUUUGCUGGCCCUCAGAACCUUGCUUAUUCCUCCUCUCAUGCAGACUCUUUGCUGACAGCAACACUGUGUUUGCUUGGGAGUUGUCCUGGGUAAUGCUGUCCACUUUCCUGCAUCCAGAAAAGCUGCUGACCCACAGGAGAACUGUGUCUGGGCAGAGACCACACAGGGUCUGGGUGGUAACAGCAUCUGCCCUGGCUGCUUUGGCUCUGGCUUUUUGUCACAACUUCGGAUGGCCUGACCCAUCUUCUGUAGGCAAAUCAGAGCACAGUGCUUAUGCAGCAUCUCCCUCCUACCUAUCCUGUGCCUGGUUGCUGCCCACAGUCAGCCCUUGUGUUGUGCCACGUCAAGCCACAGGGACUUCUGGACCGACACACUGCUCUCACCAGCCCUGGAGCAUCCAUUGGUGCUGCCUGUGGCCCCAGCCUAUUUGCACGUUAUUUAUGGCCCUGCCCAGCCUGCCAGUUUGCAAGUCUCUCUCCUGCAGAGGAGUGAAAGAAAGCUACACAGGCUCUGUCCAUCUCAGCAGUGGUGUCUGGUCAGUGGGCUGCCUUUGCAACCACAGAUCUCCCAUCAGCAUGGACACAGCAGCUAGUGGAAAGGGGCAGCUCCUCUGUCACCAGUGCCUGCUGGUGUCAGUGGGGCUGGCUCUGUGGCCAUCCCAGGCUUGGCCUUUUAAAAGUCAGUGUCAGUGUUUUGCUGAGAGCCCUGUGUUAUAACUGUGUAUUACCAUGUGCUGCCAGUCUUCACCUUCUCAAUUUUGUGGUCAAGGAGCAGCAAGCUGCAUCCUGGCAGGGCACUUUCUGCUCUUUCUUGGUCUACUUGCCCAUCCCCAAUGACCAGGUCUUGGGUAAUAACUGGCAUCUCCCAGAUCUUGCUGUGUUUAUGUACCCACUCACAAAUGAAGUUUCUUCAAAUGGAAGUGAGUUUUCUUGGAACUCUGACUCUACCCAAGUCUGCUUGGAGCUGCUGAUAGCCUUCAUGCUGUCCUCACCAAAGAAAGAAACCUCUCAAAGGUGCUGUACCAAUAUGGACUUUUCCUGCCCGAGUUAGAGGUGAAACAGGCCAGCAGGAAUUCAUCAGGCACCAGGAGCUGCUGUCUUUCAAAAAAGGCAAACUGCUGUCAGUCACAGUGGCUCCCCACAUGCGAGGCCAUGCAGUCCAGCUCCUGCUGUGCCCUGAGUUCAGCAGAGGCCAGCAGAUGCUCCGAUGCCUCUCUGGGGGCUGCAGCUCCCAGGUCCAGCACUGGCCAGCCCAUCUGUGUGCCAGUCAUGGGCUGUCAGUGCCAGCUUUGCUUCCUGACACUUUAUACAGCCCAAAAUCUGCAGAGCAAAGAGAGGACAGCUCCCUCUUUCCACAGAGUGUAUUUAAUUUGCCUGUUCCUGCUCUUUUCUCAUCCACAGCCAGUGUCAUCAGCUGCCCUGUUAUUUCAGGGCUGGCCAAGGACCUGUGCAGUCUCCCCAUCUCACCACUGCCUUGGAGCAAGGGGAUGUUUGGACUUUCCCACUCUGCCCACCCACAAGCACCUUCCUGGAAGGUCUCCUCAAAUUCAGGGCCUCCACCUUUCCAAAGAGCACAUCCCUCAUGAGACCACGUUUUUAACCAGUCAGUCCCUUUGUGGGGAUUAGCCAGCCUGGGUAAUAUUUGCAUUUUACCCUUUGCUGUCUGCUGGUUGUGGAUUUACUUUUGAAGCUAAUAUCAGUGUUUUUCUUUCCAUUUGCUCCCCAAAGGUUGUCCUGAGCCACCUGCACUCUCUGUAUAAAAUAAAUAAAUGGUCUUGACUGUUUGCAGGCAGAUGGUCUAUCCAUCUUCUGCCAAAACUUUGAUAGUGCCACGAAGAAUCCCUCUGCACUAAUGGUGCCAGCACAGUCCUUUACAUCCCUACUGGAGGAUUUCUUUGUUCCUCCUUUGCACCUCCCUUUUGUAUGUGCUGCUUAAAACCAAAGGGCUUGUGCUCCAUUUCUCACAGCCUACAGCACUCCUCAAGCUUCUGUAAUGCAGGCUCUGAGUUCCCUCUUCUGUUUGAGCUGAAAACUAUUAAAAGCCAUUGAGAGCUUCAGAACCAGCUGGGUUUUGUCUAGUAAAGUUCUUUUUUUUUUUUUUUCCUCACUGUGUUCACAUCCAUCACUUACAGCUAGGGAGUGAAACACUGCUGCAGUCUUCUCCUGUCAACUCUCUCAGGAGAAGGCUGGGCUUUUAGCUUUUCCAUUAAACCCUUAUCUUUGAUGCCUUUGGUCCUAAUGUUCAUUGUUCAGCAUCCCUUGAAGCCAGGGAUUUUGGUUCCUUUCUUUGGGUUUUUGCUUCAGUCUGCUCAGCAUUUUGUAGCUGGUGUCACUGUUACAUGUCCUGGGGUACACUGACCUGUUGGGCUGAAAAUGAGCAGAGGAGACAUACCAGUGUUUUUAAAGAUGCAGCUAGACAGAACCUGCUCAACUCUGAAAGUUUUGAGCUUCCUUUCAGCUGGUUAGGGAAGAACAGGCACUUCUCCAUGUAAAGGUGUGUUUUCAUGUCUACUGCAUCCUGCUCUGUCUGGAAGGGGACACUGCCAGGUCAGAGCAGCUCCACCAUCCUCCUUUCCUCUGGCUCUGCAUUUCCUGGCUUGGAUUUCCCUGCUCUUGGCUCUCUCACAGUUGUGAUAUUCACUCAGAGGUAGAUAUUGCCUCCAGCAACUUAUUUUACCAGUCUCAUGUUGUUACUUGUGGCGACACCAAUCAUGGGAUUUAUUUUGCCUUUUUAGUCUCCACUGUUUUACCACGUUUCUGCUGUGGUUUCUCUUGAUUCAGACUGUCAAGCUCUUGGCAAUUUUGUCUUCCUCCUCAUGGCUUCCCAUUAUCAAUGCUGUGCUUGGAAUCCAAGUUGCCUUCAUGCCCCAGAUCUGCAAGAUAAGUAAACUUAGAAAAUUAUUAGGGGAGACUUUGACUGCUCCUGUCUCCAUCAAAGACUAGGAUUAAAUUAAGUCCCUUUGAUAAACUGAGCUGAUGGGCCAAUUUGGAUUGCACAUGUGGUAUGAUGAGCCUUGUGGGGUUUAUGAUUAAAAGACAUGAGAGAACACAAUUAUUUAGAGAGCUACCAAGAGAUUGCUGUAGCUCACUAGUCACUUCUUUAUCAGAACAAAAGAAGAGCCCAAUUCUCCAGGGUGACAGGCAGCUCCUGGGAGGUGUCCGUGAGUCUCUAAUUGCUGUGGGAGGCGGCAGUCACGCUUUGAUGUGUGCAAUAACACUGCGGGGGGGUGCUGGGGAGAAAGCCACUCCGGCCAUUUCUGUCCCCAAGGCACUUGGUCCAGCAGCAAAGCCUUCCACACAGGUGGCUUCUUUAUCUCUUUUUACAGUUCCUUGGGUUUUUUUGGUUUUUUUUUUUCCACCAUAAACUGCAGCUGCCUUUGCAGCAAGAUAGAGCUCAGCUGGGUUUCUUUGCUGGACUGUGAUCAAAUCCUGACUGCCACAGGGAGCUCAGUGCAACCAGGGCUGCAUCAAAUCUUCAAGGCUGGGCUGGAUCCUGACCCAACAGGAGAAGUCAUGUUAGCUCAGGCUCUGCAGCCAGCCCUGAAGAUGAGAAAUGUCUAACUGGACAUAAAUGCAAUUUUGCCUGUUUUUUUUUUUCUCAGUGUCAGGCUACUGAGUCAGGGCUGGAUGGUGUAAUUGUAGCAAGGCUAUUUUCUCACUUUUUUUUUUUUAAAGGAACAUUCAUGCUGCAUUUUAAUUACAACAUUUAGAACAUGUCCAAAUAGCUUGAGCUCAAAUUGAUCUUGUGUUUCAGCCAGAAAGCUUGUUUUUCAUCUAUUAUUAUAAUAAAUGUGCUAUUGAUAAUAGUUUAGGUGCAAUACAGCAAAGCUUUGUGUUAUGCAUCAGCUCUGGAGGCUCAAAAUUUUCUUAUUAUCCAUUACUGACAUGACAGUUUACAAAUAUUUAACAAACAAAUUACCAGGUUUUCCUUGUUCCCUCUUAGUUUGCAGUCUCAGUCCUUUUGACAGCUGCAUUCAGGAUUAAUGAUGAUCUUGUUUAAGACGAUUGUUUGCUAGCAAACAGUUUUAUUCUCUAAACCUACAAGUGCAGUAGGAGAACUAACACUGGCACUUCAAAUUAAAUCUCAUCCUCAAUGCAAAAUUUUUUAGCUUUAUUCCAUCCAGUUGUCCAAAGAAGAAAUCGGAUUUGCCUGGUAAAGACCUGUUAAUAAUUUCUUAGGUUAUGUAGUCAUUUUAAAUAUAGACACUUAACAUGAAGGGCUGGCAAAGGGAGUAUUUUUUCUCUGCCAGGCCUGAGCUUGCUGGGUCUAUUCAGGCUGUAAGUGUUUUAAAGUCCUUUCUGAGCACAAGCAGGGCAGCAAAGAGACCACCUUGAGCCUCCACGGAAAAGAGAGAUCCAGAGGGACAAGCUGGAUUUGGUUCUCUGUGAAGUACUGGAAGCAGCACUGGGAAAGAUUCAGCCCAGGUCCUGGGAGUGGUAAAACACAUCCAUGCUUUGCAGCAGCUUCUUCUCCACCUGCUCCAGGUCUGAGCACAAGGUGAAGGGCACAGAAGGGCCUGAUGGCUGACAUCUGCCUGGGAAGGUUGUUUCUGCUGUAGAUGGCUGCAGGUGAAGCGAGGAAGGUGCUACACCCCCUGGGAAAGCCUGGGCAUCUUCUGGGAGAAAACACAGCACCGGAAUAGAGACUGAAAGAGUAUGUGAAGCACCCCCUUCAGAGCAUGUCCUGGGCACUGGGCCAUCCCUCCCCUGUGGUUUCUGAUCUUGGGCUUUGCAUGCACAAUACAGGAAUUCACUGGUGUGUGGGCCUGGCUUUGGAGAUGAGAAGUGAAUUUGUUCUCAAGAAAAAUCACUCUUUGUUGGCAGAAAAUCUGUGAGUUGGGUUCCCCAAGGGCAUAGUGUUUGAAAAUCACAGAUGAUUAAAAGAUAACACAUUUGAGGGUCAGUUUUGGGGGUUUUGCUUGGGUUUUUGUUGUUGUUGUUUGUUUGGUUUGGUUUGUUCUUGUGGAAGAUGUUUGUUUGUUUGUUUGCCUUCUGGGUAUGACAAACUAAAUGCCACACAUAAAUUUCUCCACAACUGACCUCGCCACAAAUUUUUUGUUUUAAUGCAAGAAAAUCUGAGACUCUCCUUAAAAGAGGAGGCCUCCCUCCUGAGUUCUAGAAAUACCAAAUGUCACACUAACAAAAAUGACUAAAGUUGGCAAGUCUGAGAGUCGUUUAUCAUAUUGAUCUUAAACAAAAAUAAGCCAAAUCAAACCAGGCUUGAUGAAACAGAAUAGAAGCAUGUUUGGCUUGAAAUAAUGCAUUAAUAGAGAGUAUUUCUAAAUUUUAUUUGAUGAGCAAUAAAACCAGAGAGUCACAGUGCACACA